CUUUCGCCUCCCGCACAUGCGCACUGGCGGCGAAGAGAGGUCUAGGCGAAGCCGAGGUUCUUAGGUUCCGGGCAGGGCUUCUCAGGACUGGACUGGAACGCGCUGUUUCUGGCUGACCUACCUUGUGCUUUCCGGGGAAGGGCAGUGGCGGAGCUAGAGGCCCCUCUGCAGCGCGGGAGUGAGCCCGCCACGCAGGCGCCGGCGAUCGCGCCCCCGCCGCCAUUGUUGCCUGGGGCCUCCCGGCCGCUCUGGCUGUGCGUCCGCCGGGUCCCCGCAGCAGACCUGCCUGCUUGUCUCCUCCGCCCUCAGAUAGUGAAAAGCUAGGAUUUGGUGACACUAAUGUGCAAAGCAGGUAAAUGGUUAGCUGUUUCAUACAUUUAAAGAUAUGAUGCAAGAAGACCAAGGGUUUCCUAACCAUCCCUACAAGUUCAAGAAUUUGAAACUAAGGCUGAUGACUCUACCUUGAGUCUCUUGUACCCUUGUCUUUGUGGCUGUAAGAUGGGACUCAAGCAGUUGGCUCACUACUAGAGAAAUAAAGGAUAUUGCCAGAUUGACUCUGCUGCAAUGUCAGCCUCAAGUAAGAGGGUGACCAGUUCUUCACGCUCCCAAAUCUUUCUAAUGUGGAAGCCAGACAAGGCUCAGAGUGGACCCCACAGUGUUGGAAAGGAAACCCUUGCUUCAAGACUCUUGCGUGACAGUGAGACUUGUCGACAGAAUUUUAGGAAUUUUCCAUACCCAGACCUGGCUGGUCCUCGAAAAGCAUUGAAUCAAUUACGAGAGCUCUGCCUUAAGUGGCUGAGGCCUGAGAUUCACUCAAAGGAACAAAUCCUGGAACUGCUGGUGCUGGAGCAAUUCCUGACGAUCCUACCUGGGGAGGUUAGGACCUGGGUGAAGUCUCAGUACCCAGGGAGCAGCGAGGAAGUGGUGACUCUGGUGGAGGAUUUAACUCAGAUUCUAGAAAAUGAAGCUGUUCCUCAGAACUCUGCCCUUUCCCAAGAGACCCGAGAGGAAGACCCCAAAGGAAGACAUGCUUUCCAGGCAGGGUGGCUAAACGAUCUGGUGACCAAAGAAUCAAUGUCGUUCAGAGAUGUGGCUGUGGAUAUUACCCAGGAAGACUGGGAGCUAAUGCGUCCUGUACAGAAAGAAUUGUACAAGACGGUGACAUUACAGAACUAUUGGAACAUGGUUUCUCUAGGACUGACAGUGUACAGACCAACUGUGAUUCCCAUAUUGGAAGAACCAUGGAUGGUGAUAAAAGAAAUCUUAGAAGGCCCUAGUCCAGGACAGGAAACAGAAGCCCAAGAUUGUAAUCCAGUUAAAAACAUUCCUAAAUUCACAACAGAUGGAACCCAGACCAUCAAACUGGAAGAACCAUAUGACUAUGGUGACAGAUUGGAGAGGCACGUACCAGAUACCUUCAGGAAAAUCCCCACUGAAGAAAGUAAUUUCAGUUUGAAGUCAGUUUUUUCACAAGAAUAUGAUCCUACAGAAGAGUAUCUUAGUAAAUAUGGUGUACAUGGGAAUCAUUUUGAAAAGCAUUCAAACCUAAUAAUACAGUUUGAUACUGAGUCAGAUCAUAAAACUUCUAUAUAUAACGAAGGCAGGGCAACCCUCAAUCAUGUCUCAUAUGGUAUUGUACAUAGGAAAAUUUAUCCUGGAGAGAAGCCUUAUAAAUGUAAUGUGUGUGGGAAAAAGUUUAGGAAAUACCCAUCCCUCAUGAAACACCAAAGUACCCAUACCAAAGAGAAGUCUUAUGAAUGUGAAGAGUGUGGAAAAGAGUUCAGGCACCUCUCAUCCCUUAUUGCGCAUCAGAGAAUGCAUACUGGAGAAAAACCAUAUGAAUGCCACCAGUGUGGUAAAGCCUUCAGCCAGCGAGCACACCUUACUAUACAUCAGAGAAUUCAUACAGGAGAGAAACCAUAUAAGUGUGAUGACUGCGGGAAAGACUUUAGUCAGCGUGCACACCUUACUAUACAUCAAAGGACACAUACUGGAGAGAAACCAUAUAAAUGCUUGGAAUGUGGUAAAACCUUCAGCCACAGUUCAUCACUGAUUAAUCACCAGAGAGUUCAUACUGGAGAAAAACCUUAUAUAUGCAACGAGUGUGGGAAGACUUUCAGUCAGAGUACACACCUUCUUCAACAUCAAAAAAUACAUACUGGAAAGAAACCAUAUAAAUGCAAUGAGUGUUGGAAGGUAUUUAGUCAGAGUACAUACCUUAUUCGACAUCAGAGAAUUCAUUCUGGAGAGAAAUGUUAUAAAUGUAAUGAAUGUGGAAAAGCCUUUGCUCAUUCCUCAACUCUUAUUCAACAUCAGACUACUCACACUGGAGAGAAAUCCUACAUAUGUAAAAUAUGUGGGAAAGCCUUCAGCCAAAGUGCAAAUCUUACUCAACAUCAUAGAACACAUACUGGUGAGAAACCAUAUAAAUGCAGUGUGUGUGGAAAAGCGUUCAGCCAGAGUGUACACCUUACUCAACAUCAGAGGAUUCAUAAUGGAGAAAAACCCUUUAAAUGUAAUAUAUGUGGGAAAGCAUAUAGACAGGGUGCAAAUCUUACUCAACAUCAAAGGAUUCAUACUGGAGAGAAACCCUAUAAAUGUAAUGAAUGUGGGAAAGCUUUUAUUUAUUCCUCAUCACUUAAUCAGCAUCAGAGAACUCAUACUGGAGAAAGACCUUAUAAAUGUAAUGAAUGUGAUAAAGAUUUUAGCCAGAGAACAUGCCUUAUUCAACACCAGAGAAUUCACACAGGAGAGAAGCCCUAUGCAUGCCGUAUCUGUGGUAAAACUUUCACUCAGAGUACAAACCUUAUUCAGCAUCAACGUGUUCAUACAGGUGCCAAACAUCGUAAUUAAUGGAUGUGCAAGACCAUUAGAUGUUACAACUUAAUCAUUUAAAUUUUAUUCUAUACUCACUGAGUGUUAACACAUUAUUCAGAAGAAGUGCAAUAUGCCUAUAUGUCAGAUACCACUGAGCAGAAGUAUCCAAAUUCAUAAUGUGGAUAUAACUCAUUUAAAUUUAAUGUGAAAUUUGAGAACAUUCACUGUUUAACCUUUAUUUGGUUUAUUCCAGAAAGAAACCCUGUGAAAAGAGUACUCAGAAACCUGUAACUCACCAACUCUUACUGUAUUUCAAGUACUCCAUGAGGCCUUAUGAAUGUAACUUGUGAAAGCUUCCAUCAAGUAGAGAGUGAUCCUGGGGAAAUAGAAAAGCUGCUUUUGGGCUUUUACUUCUUCCCAGCUUUGAAGCCUUAAAUAUGUAAAGGGUUCCUCCCCCUUUUCACCUCCAUUUCACCUCCUUUUCAUAUUAUGCCAUAACUGCCAUGUGGAGCUAGUAGGUUUGAGAAAAAUUGAAAGUAUCUUAAAGGUUUCUGUGUGGCCACUGUUUAAUUAUACUUUGUUUUAAAUACUGAAAUACUCAAGGAAGAGAACCUUAAUGAAAGAUGAUGUUUGGAUAGAGAAACUAAUGUGUAUAUAACCCUUAAACAUGUACAAAUUUAGUGAAAUGUGCAAAAAUUAAACACCCACCCUUAAAUUAAUUUUUAGAACAGUCUUAGUUUCACUAGGUUCUUUCCUAUUAUUUAUUUAUUUAUUUUUAUUAUAUUUUUAUUACUUUUUAUUGUAUUAGUUUCGCUAGGUUUUGACAUCUGUCAUCCUGUAGGAAAAAAUAAGGAUACAGUUUUCAUUCUUUUCACCUGACACCAAAAUGUAUACCUUAAGGUUCCCAAUACUGUUUUACUGUAGAAAAUCCAUUUCUUCCAUUGAAAAACAUUUCUUGAGUGCCUACUGUGCUCAGGGCCCAAACUCCCUAAAUGAUCCUUUCUGGGCUUCCUGUAGUGCUAUAAAAGCUUUCUACAUUAAUGAAAGAUUAGGACAUAAUGAAAGUAAGGUCAUGAGUUAACAAGUGUAUUGUGAAUGAAUGAGUAUACAAAACCUAAAAUGGGUUGCCAAAUUUGACCCUGUAGAUCCUAAGGUAAGGAGUAAUAAAAUUAUUUAAGUAGUGUGAGAAAAAAGUAAUGGAAAAUAGAUACGAUUUCAGUGCAGAAAAUGGGUCAGGGAAGAAAAAGUGAAGAGAGGAAAGAAUACAUAGGUAACUUAUAACAUGAAAUGUUACUGGACUUGGUUUAUCUAAAAAUAAAUAAGAGCAACUGAUGGAAUACAAAGCAAAAUUCAUCCUGUUUCUGUAAGAAGAAACCAAAAAUGAAAUGUUUGAUUUUUAAAGGAAUAAUUGCAGUCAAUUUUCCUUUCUACAGAUAAGUAAAAUAGGGUACAGUCUUAAAAUAUUAGAAGAAAAUUUCAUUGGAAAAAGCAUAGAUGCAGAAACUGUCAUUGGUGCAGUAAUCAUUGAACAGUAAUGACUGAGUCUGUCAUAGUCCUAAACAGCAUAAAAGGAAAACUGGCAGAAAUGCAACUAGAAAUAGGUAAAAAUACUAUUGCAUUUAAUGUCCACAGCAUUCCACUUUCAGAAUAUAAGACCAUAUUCCAAGAGCUGAGUUUUCAUAUCACUCUUGUUUCUUCAGUGCCUUGCGUAUAUAGCAGGUGGUCAAUAUAUGUUGAAUUAGUGAAUAAAUAAAUUGAGUAAUAAGGUAGAAUUAACUGAAAUGGAGUGAAAUUGGUAGAAUAUUAUGUACAUACUUGCAAAGAAAUAUUUACCAAAUACUGGUCAUUGAUUAGUUCAUUGGAACUACUUAAUGAAAAAACAGAAUCCCCAGAUAUUAACAGUGAGGAUAUUCCUAAGAAAUCAUGGGACAUCUUUGUACAGAAAAUUUUCUUGAGCUAGAAGAGGAAAAAUCUAUAUAAAUUCUGACACCAAAAAUAUCAGUUUAAACAUGUUGACCUUGUGGCUUCAUUUGGACGUGACUUUAAUAAACAUUCUACAAAGAGGUGCUGAAGGAAAGAUACCUUGAAAGCUUUCUUGUUGAGUGUUUUCUUCAAGAAGCUGUUGCUUUGCCUUGUCCUCACCUUCAUUAAUGUUGAUGUCAUGGAAUCACCCUUCACAAAGUACAGAUUGUCCUAGGUUGCAUUAUACUCAAAUUAUGCUUAUGCCUAUGCCAUAGUUACUAGUUUAAAAAAUAACCAUUGUACUUAAGAUGGAACUUCAUACCUUACACAACACUUUUUCUUCUUGGAAUGGAUGCGUGGAGUAGUAUAGUCCAUAUUAUCUUUCUUUGCAUUAAUUUGUAUUUACUGCUUUUAUGUGUUUUAUGUAAAUAAUGCAUUUAUAAGGUCUUCCACUGAUACACUGAAGCAAUUGAUGCUCUUAUAGAAUAAUACAAUAAUAGUAGUGAAGAAUCCUAGACCUCUGUGUAAUUUUUCCACUUUUACAGAUGUCUGGCCCAAGUAUAAUUCAAGUUUUUUAUUUUCUGCUUUUUAUUAUGCUGCUCAAAUAUAAAGAAAGUUAAAGAAUAAAAAAUAUAUUUGCCACUUAGAUUUGAAAAUUCACAUUUUGCCAUAUUUUCCUGAACAAUGGGAAAGCAAAGACAUGAUAUUUCACCCGUAAGCAUUCAUCUCAUAAAAAAUGAGUCUUUUUACAUAACCACAAUCAAUACCUUUAUAUACCUCAAAAAAUGAAUAGUAAUUCCCUAAUAUCUAGUGCUUAGCCCAUGUUUAAAUGUUUCCUGUUAAUCCAGUCAAAUUCCACACUUCACUUGAUUGUUAUGUCUGUUUCAUCUAUCUAAAACAGUCUCCCAACUUUGAUUUUUUCCCCAGAGUUUUUUUGUUUUAAAUAGAGCAGCUCAGUUGUGGACUAUCUCACAUUCAGGAUUUAACUGAUUGCAGUUUGUCUUUCAAAUCAGUUAACAGAUCAGUGGUUAAUUUAUCUUGUUCCUGUAGUUUCUGUAAAUUAGCAAUUAGGGCCAAAGUCUUGAAGUAUUCAGAUUACACAUUUUAACAUUAACACUUCACAGAUGUAUGUUAUAUUGCAUUAUAUCAAAAAUUUUACCUAGUUGGCUCACUGUCAGCAGUGCAUAAUUAGAUCACUCUACUGAGGUGGUCACUACCCUCUCUUCCCAACGCAAAGGUGUGUUUUUCUGUUGUAGUUAGGGAAUCUGACCGAGACCUUGGCAGCAUAUGGGGAGCCUGUUUACCCACAACAUUCACCUGGUGGUUUUGGUAUCCACAGAUAAUCAUUCUUGUCUGAAUCAAUUAUCUUCUCCAGAUUUGAUUUUCUAAUUCUAUCAUUCUACAUUUAUUGACUGCAUGCUUCUGUAAAAAAGCGUCUCUCCAUCAAUGGCAAUACACUUGGCAGGAUCAGGCUCAAUUCUUUAAAUUAUGAGUUGUCAGAAUAAGGAGUUGGCAGUGAUGACAAAUGAUUCAGUGUAUUAUGAUAAAUUAUGAUCAUUGUUUCUGAUGCUCAAGUCAUCCCGACUUUGGCAGUUAACCCUUCAGGUAGUUAUGUCCUUCAACUUUCCCUCUGCAGUCUUUGGGCACUUAAUUGCCUUCUGACAGAAGGCACUUUAAGGCACCUCAGGUUCACCUUGCACUUUCAGUGCCUCAGACAGCCAUUUCUUCAGGCAUUCCUGGCUCUUCUUAAUAGGCAUCUGUUUAGAAACCAAUAUCUGGGCACUAAGCAUGCUCAUUGCUACUGGGGUGUGAUUAGCAAGUAACCUUGGAGACUUUUCAACCAUUCAACUUAGUUUUCAUAAAGACAGCCCUACUUAUUUAAUACCUAAUUAUGUAAUGAGAGAUAAUUACAUAUUGGGAGAAACUUUUAGGAGCCAACGAUUAAGUCUUGUUAAAUGUUCAACUAAAUAGGAGAGACUAAAAGUGUUAAGUGACCAGAAAGCAGCAAACUUAACUACAAAAGGUCCGGGCUGAGGCCAUUACAAAAUUUUACAGAGGAGGAAGAUCAUCAGUUGAUCUGGCGAGCAGGUUAAGUGAAGAGCAGUACUAAAUGUAUGAGACCUAUUACGCUGUGCUUUAACUGUUACAUGUCUUAAUAAUUUACUGUUACAAGCUAAUCACACUUCUUUCCCAUCACACUCCUUAAGCAGGUUUCUGAUCUAAAUUUGAGAAUCUUUUAUGCAAAUCAAAAUACUAGGAGGGUUUUUUGGCUAAACUUCUAGUUGGUCUUUAAAACUUGGAGGCCAUUAGAUUUCAUUCUUUGUACCUUCCAGUACCAAUUCACUUGCAUAUGUGCCUGCAAAUGUGGUCUGCUUAGUCCUCUUAUUUCUGUUAUUUUCUUCAUGGCUCUAUAUUUCACUAUGCUUAUUAACCCCUAGAACACAGGUGGCAAACACAAGGCCCGCAGGCCCAAUCCAGCCCUCCACCUUGUUUUAUCUGGACUGGCACCUUGUUUCUACCUGGCAGCAGCACCCAGCUCCUUGCUCCUAGUUAAGGAGUAGUUACAUUUAUACAGUCCUAAAAUUACAUUCAGCCCUUUGAAGGCAACCUCAAGGCUGAUGUGGUCCCCGGUGAAAAUGAGUUUGACACCCCUGUCCUAGAACUUUAAUAGCUAUUAAAAAUGGCAAGCCUGUGCCCUGUGGUGAUAUAUAUAAACACGCAUGUAAGCUUGUAAGCAAUAGUCCUCUGGGCAGGGAAAGUGAUGCUCAUGAUGCCGAAGUGUCUUGCCUGAGGUCGUAUACAUAUAUGUAUGGUGACAGCUUAAGGAUUGGAACCCAUUGCUCCAGCACUUAGCUGAGUUCUUCCCAUGAAUGUUAAAUGAAAAUUCAAAGCACAAAAAGUAUGUACCUACAAUUUGUAAAAUUAUGUGUUUUGAUUAGAGCAUUGAAAGUUUGUUUCUCCUAUAGUUUCUGAAAUUCAAAUCUUUAAAUGAAAAUAACUCAGCAAAGGAUGUACUACACCCUUCAAUGUUGGCCUUCCACCCAGAUCUUUCCCAAGUUUCAGAACAUAUAGUCAGUAAUCACCUGGAAUCAUCUCACAGGUACUUUAAGUGGUUUAAAUUAAAGCUGAAUUGUCCUCACCCCCUAAACCUCUUUUUUAAGUCACCAUAACUUUGGGAGGCAAGAAGCCACUCUUCUUCACCAGUAGUUAUUUUUCAUCCUAUUGAUUUUACCUCCUGUGUGUUCCAGUUCAUUCUUCUCUGUCCCCACUGCCACUACUUACUUCUGGCUUUUAAUCAGCUCUUGUUUAGAUUAUUUUGUAGCCAGGUAAGUGUUCAUCUGCCCCUGAUCUUACCUUUUCAAUGUAUUUUGCACAUCUUUGCUGAAGUAUUCUGAAAACUUUUAACUAGGACCACAACAUGUAGCUGUACAAGUCACAGUGUGCUUAAAACCCGUCAUAUCUAUCGUCAUUGUCAACAGCAGUGGAUAUCACUCUUAGUUAUACAUUAGAAUGAGCUGGGAAGCUUUUAAAAGUACCAACACCUCUAGGAAUAUUGAAUUACCAUAUUUUGCCAUGUGUAAUGUGCACUUUUUUGCCCAAAUUUUUGAGGGGGAAGGAUAUGCAUUUUAUAUGAGUAGUGCUAAUUCCAUAUCUAUAUAAAUGUUUUUUAUUCUUCUAUUUAUGCUUAUGCAUUAAAAGUGUAACUCUAGAAAGCAAUAAUGAUAUCUGUAUGCAAAAUAAUACCCUGGAAUAUGAUAAUUCAGUUUUGUUUCUAAGUAUAAAUAAAUAAUUGAAUUUAUAAAUUAAAAUGGAAGAUUUUUUUC